GCCCUUUUGCGGGUUUCACAGCACAGUUUCUCAGCCUGCCAUCGACGGGGGUCGCUCCUCAUAGUUGUUGAUUUUUUUGGGGGGGGAAAGGAAACAGCCUGUAAACAUAUGGAAAUAGCGACAAAACGGAGGGACAAUUCUCACCGGUGGCGAAGCGUGCUCCUCUCCUCUCCCCCUCCUCAUACGAGUUGCUGAAGAGGGAGGAAAGGGACAGCUUGUGCAUCUCACGGUCUUCCUCAUCUGGCGUCGGAGGGGCACGGCCGUGCGUGAGCCAUGACUCUAAGCUCAGAGAUGUCGGAUGCCUCCAUCCUUUCGGAAGAGACCGACAUAGACGUGGUCGGAGAAGGCGAGGAUGGAGACAGCCAGACGCGCUCCUACGUGGAUGAAGUAGCGCAGAUGCACGACGGUAUCCUCCUGGCCGGCUCUCCACCUCCGUGCCUGGACAGCUCCACCUCUUCAAGGGAUACCUACAAGCCGGCGGGCAAGAACACCCUGGUGAAGCCACCUUACUCCUACAUCGCCUUAAUCACCAUGGCCAUUCUUCAGAGUCCCAAAAAGAGGCUCACUCUCAGCGAGAUCUGCGACUUCAUCAGCAACCGCUUCCCGUACUACAGGGAGAAGUUCCCGGCCUGGCAGAACUCCAUCAGGCACAACCUAUCCCUCAAUGACUGCUUCGUUAAGAUACCGAGGGAGCCCGGGAACCCAGGGAAAGGCAACUACUGGACUUUGGACCCGGAGUCGGCUGAUAUGUUUGACAACGGAAGCUUUCUGAGGCGGAGGAAACGCUUCAAGCGGCAGCAGACUCAAGACCUGCUGCGCGAGCACAACACUUUUCUGCCCGCGGCCGCUGCCUAUGGCUACGGACCGUACGGCUGCGGGGGAUACGGCAUCCAGCUCCAGUCCUACCACGCACACUCUGCGCUUUUUGCUUUCCAGCAGCAGCAGCAACAGCAGCAGCACCCGAGGCAUUCACACUCACACUCGGGGACCAUUAUCCCUGCACCGUCCCUAAUGCCCACCAGCACUACCACGGACUUAACCAGAAGUAGAUUUUAUCCCCAGCUCAGCUCCAGUCUGGGCUCAGCCGGCGUGCAGGCAGCAUCACCGGUCCAGAAAUCGAGCUCCCCGGUGCAGCGGUCCCCCUUCUCCAUAGAGAGCAUCAUCGGAGGGUCUCUUAGCCCCUCCAGGACUUCUCCUGUCAUUGUCCCAGUCUUACCGUCCUCUCUGGGGCCUGCAGUGACCAGCCAGCCGCAGACCAUACAUCCUGGAGCUGUUUUACAUCCGGUUGAAAACUUUCCGAGCAGAGUUGUCAGCGGCACUAGCGCCUGUUAAAUGUCUUAACUCCAAACUUUUCAAGACACUUAAAAAAAGAGACAGCAACCUAAACAAAAACGCCCCUCUUUGAAGGUAGGAUUAUUUUUGUAUGUUUGUUUUGCUAGCACGCAGCUGAAUGAUGGACAUGCAGAACACUAUUUGUGCCUAUAUAUUCAUGCUGUUCAUGAAGAUAUAUUUAUGUUCAUUAUUUUUGUUUGUUUAUUUCGGUGUGAAUCAGACUUUCGACCACGAAUUUAACUUUCCAGCCUUUUUUUUUAAAUUCCCUACCAUGAAGUGAUUCGUUUUCAGUCACUGUAUAAAGGCGUCUCAGGAUAACGGACAGGUUACAAACGAUCACGUGUCUGAAACAGGCUUAUAAUGUAUUUGUGUCAAACACAUCAAUGUUUUCUAUCAGCCAAUCAAAGCGACCUUUUUUGAAGGUUUUGAUUUGAUGUUUGUAUUAAAGAUAAACGCAGAGCAAAGUCAUACAUUUAUAAUAAUAUGCAGUGUUUAUUUCAGUAAUUAAACCUUGUACAUUUUUGGCAAGUAUUGUGUAAUUCAAGUGUGAUAUUUUUACACAGUUUAUUGUUUUGUUUUUUUCCAACAAGAAUAAAUUUCGUUUUGCAAAAAAAGAAGAAAAAAAGCAAUUUGUUUGGAAAUAAAUUUAUGAAUUGAUGUUGAGCUUUCUUGGCGGUUACUGUUGAAACAGACGUGUUGCUGAUGUUGUUGUGUCUUUACACUGCGGAUGUGUUAACUAUAACUGUAUGAUCCAAAUAUAGUAACCACUGAAUGGCUUUAAGAAACACACACAACUCUUUAUAACACACACAAACACACAAACAUGUGCGUGCCAGUCAGAUAAUAUUUACAAAUGCAUUAAAUCUGACUGCACUCUAAAGUCAUUGCUGUGCCCUUUGGAACAUGCGCACACAGGGCCUGCGUGUCCAUCUGACCUCUUUCACACUCAUCCUCGUAAUUACAGUGAGCGGACAGGAGUGUGUCGGAGGGGUGAGACAGGGGCUGUAUUUCUGCCUGCUUCAGCUCAGCGAUUAUCCCGGUGCUGGUGUCGACAGGCGGCCUGGGCUCUUGAGCAAACACUACUCAUCCAGAAUUUCAUUAUCUGCUCGUAUUAGACCCGAGAGAAAAAUGAAAUGUUGCUCCUGAAGUCAACAGCGCUCACGAUGUUUCGGAGGUUAGAAUCACCUUUAAUCCACUCACCGUUUUCAGUGUUUGACAGUCUUAAUGCAACUUUAUUUGCCCCACACGCAAGAACCCACUAACACAUGGAUCCAAGCAGACUGUGUUGUUUUUAAAUACACAGGUAAUUUAAUUUGACACUUGAAAGAAAAGAAGAAAAAGCCUUCCCAAGCACCUGCGCUGUCGUGAUGCUGUGUCUGUCGGAGCUGUGCUUUUUAAAAUUUUUAUAAGCUUUCAUAAUGUUGCCUGUACUGUACAGCCCUGCUGCUUCCGUGACUGUAAGUGCGUUUGCCUCCCUUUAUUCAAAGCAACGUGUGUGUGCGUGUGUGUAGUAGAAUGACUAAAUUGGUGCAGCGCUUAGAGCCAGUUCACUAGGCCACGAGAGAACAGCUAUUGCGUGAUGAUGUAACACGCAAUGAGAGAAAAAGGUACACGCACGCGCUUACACUCUGGAGAGAGAGAGUGACUAUAACAGGGAAGGAGGUCAAUUGUACUGUGUGGGCUUGUUUACAAAUACAGGAGGUUAAACAGCGAAAAUGAAGAGAUGAACGUGAUGUAAAACAUUAUAAUAACGCAUGUACUCGAGAUUGUGUCUGCUGAGCAGUGGCUUGUAAUUAAGGCCUAGCCUACAGGGUUUAAAUAGCAUCUGUCUAUACGGCCUGUAAUAUAUAUAUAUAUAAUAUCCGGGUAUUCAAAGCAGAUUUUUACAUCAAAUGUGUGUUUGAGUUUCCUUCUCGUGGGUCUGCACGCCGUGUUUGACAUUAGACAUCUCUAUUCUACAGGACUUUAUUUGAAUAAUACUAAACUCACUACAGUUAAGCUGCUGUUCUUUUUUAACAUAGUUUCUCUGCACAUUUGCUCUGCCGAUUAACGUUAAGAGUUCUUCUUUUAGAGACUAAGAGUGAAUGCAAACUAUGCAACAGGGCUCCGUUAUAAUUUAGAAAUUGCAUUCAUAGGAAGAAUUUAUCCUUGUAUUCAGGGCACUCUACUUGAAAAAUGACACUGUUUUAAUUACGAUAAUAUUACAGAUAUACACGUAUAUAUAUGGUAAUAUAUACAUGAGUAUAAUUUUGCCAGUUAUGUCAAAAAUACAGUGCAUCUCAAGAGAAGCUGCUACAUAAAGACGCCAGAUGGUAAUAUAUCUAUUUAUCUAAUAGUAAAGUGUGCACUGAUUUUCCUGGUUAAGGUAGUUCAUGAAAAAUUAAUAUCUACGCGUUAAAUUGAAAAUUAAAUUUUACGAUGUUAAGUAGAAUAAUGAUUAUUUUUUUAAAACACUAGCAACUUCUAUUGCUAACUCACUACUUUGGCUCCAGUGCCGCCAUAAUAAUAAAAAUGCCAAAUAAUAUAUAAAAGAAAGCGUAACAGACUGGUCAGAAAGUUUGCUGUCUAUGUAAAAUAAAAAAAUAAAAAAUAAAAGUAAUUGACAGUGAUACUCUUCGGGAGAAAAAGAAUAGUUGAAUCGCUUAAGAGAGAGAGAGAGAGAAACGUUUUGUAAAGCUUAUUUUGUGGAUCAAGUAGCCGAACUCAGAAAUGAUCUCAAUGAAUGUUUUGCGAUGAUCUGCAACAGCAGCACACAGUCCUGCAGUUGUGUUAAAGAAGGGUCUUUUCACGAAAUGUCACGGAUCAUGUGGUCAUCAGCCUCCGUGAGCAUGACUGAAGCUCAGUUUAGCAGCCGAUACUUGGGGGUCACAGGUCAUGAGGAGAGGGGAUAAAGCAAAAACACUCAGCCCAUAAAAGACACUAAAACUUUGGGAACAUGCGUAAAAGCCAUUCAGCGCAGUGCUAAUAAUCUAUAAUUCAAAGAAAGUAAGGACACUUAACGACUUCUGUUUAAGAUGACCAAUAAGUUUUUUCGCUCACUCUUAACCUCGACAUUUAGUCAUCAUUUAAGCACAC